AUGGAGAAAGGCGAGUCAGCUAGUUCUGGAAAAGAAGAGGUGGAGUCUGGAAUUGAGCUCCACGUGAAUGUUGCUGCGCCACGUCAUCACCAUGGUGGCACCAGUGCUGACGUGGAGGCAGAGGACAUGGAUCCGGAGUCGCCCUCUCUCAUGAGCUACAUGCCCAUGGACCUACUGGAAGAUGACAGCCACGAUGCUGCUGCUGCUGCUGGAGAAUUGGACGGCUCAGAUCAAGGAAAAUCUUGCAGUGACAACGAUGGAGAUGUGGAGGAAGGACCAGGGCUAGGGAUUGUUCCUGUGUUGGGGUUUGACAGUGGCGAUUUCGAUGGUCUCAGUGGGCGUGGCAGGAUCUUGGGUGCGGGGUAUGGCGAGGAUGGGUGCAAGCUGCACGUGUCACGGAGAGCAGAUGCUGGUGGUGGUGAAGGCGCAGCAGCAUCUCUUGCCUUUGGCUUAUCAGGAGUGGGAGGUCUGAUGGUUACAGGAGGUGAUGAUUUGCCCCAGCCUUUGGGCAGAGCUGGUGGUGCUGCUACUGGGAAGGGCCUGGGGAUGGCAGUGCCGGCUGAGCAGGGAGAAGGGUGGGGGCUUUUGGGGAAGCGGCACGCGGAUAUGAUUGCAGAUGCUGCUGCUGAUGCCGGCGCUGUUGGCGGUGGUGAGGGGGGUGGAUGGGGUGAUGCGGCUGGUGCGUUAGGGCUACAGGAGAGGAUUUGGAGCUCGUUCGGCCUGCAGAGUUGCAGCAACCUGAGGAGGGCCAAAGGCGACCAGCAGCUGCCCCAGCCGCAGCAGCAGGCGCAGCAGCAGCAAUUUCAGGCGCCCAUGGGGUGGGAAGUGCCAGUGGAGGAAGGGAGGUUCUGCAUCAGGUGCAAAGGAUCUGCGGAGAAGCUCAGGCAUGAGAUCAAGGACCUGAAGCUCACACAGAGAGCACUGGAGGCGGAGUUGGUGUGGGCCAUGGAGGGGAAGCUCAAGGCGGAGCAGGCAGUGGCGGAGAUGGGCCAUGCGAGGAAUGAUUUCCCUUUGCAGCGCAAGGUGCUGGAGGGCGUUGACUGGGGAGGCAUCAUGGAUUCAUCAACGGAUACCUCUAGGGCAAAACGGCAGGGGCAAGAGUCAUGGCAGCGAGAGCAGGUGGGGGGGGAGAAGGAGCAGCAGCGGCUGGCAGAGCUGGAGCGAUACGUGGAGCGCAUAUCAGCACAGUUCCAGGGGCUGUUGGGAAGCUACAACUCCGUUGCCAGCCAGUUGCAGCAGGCACACGCAGAGACGUCUCAACUGCGAGCAGACGCGCUCCAGCUGAGAGCAGCAAACAUGGAGCUGCUGCGCCGAGGCCCGAUGCGAGACUCUUCGCCCAGCAUGGCCGGCGUCCCCGGCAUGCCUGGCAUGCCUGUCAUAGCUGCACCUGUGCCUCACAGCCCACUUGGUGGCACAGCAGGGGCGCCUGCAGCACCGGGGCGGUCACUGCUGCUUUCCUCGUCACCAUUGGCAGUAGGCACCAGGCUGCAGCAACAGCAGCAGCAGCAGCAGCAGCAGCAGCAGCAGCAGCAGCAGCAGCAGCAGCAGCAGCAGCAGCAGCAGCAGCAGCAGCAGCAGCAGCAGCAGCAGCAGCAGCAGCAGCAGCAGCAGCAGCAGCAGCAGCAGCAGCAGCAGCAGCAGCAAGGGCAAAGUGCAGACAUGCCUUGCUGGUCACCACUGGCUGAGCGAUCACUUCAAGGAAAAGCACUCACUCAAGGCCUACCCGCAGUGAGCACACGACAGGCAGCACUACCACACACCGGCCUCGGUAGUGCAAGGCAUGGGGGUGUGGUGUCUGCUGCUGACGACCUGGUCACCACUGAGGAGAGAAUCAAAUCGCUCCUGGCUGAGGUGCAGAGGGGUCCUGCUGCUGCUGCUGCUGCUCCGCAUGUUGCGGAAUCUGGGAAGGCAAAGCAGAGUGAGCAGCAGGAGAAGGAGCGGAUGGGUGUUGAGGAGGAGCAGGAGGAGGGAGGAGAGGUUGAGAUGCAAAGGGGUGAUGGUGAUUCUGGUGGUGAUGGUGCUACAAGCAAAGCAGUUGCCACGGCUGCUGCUGCUCAUGGUGGCGUUGGUGCUCAUGGUGGUGAUGAUGGAGGUGGGGUCGGAGGGGCCAUUCUUGAAAAGCUUUCUGAACCCAACACUCUCUUGCUGCCUGGCCGGGCUGUUCUGCAAGCAUGCUCCCUUGCACCUGCCGCCGCCGCCGCCACCGCCGCCGCUGCUGCCGCUGCUUCUGUUGCAGCAGCAGCAACAAGUGACUUUGCUGUCAAGGCUCCUGGUUCUCCCCUCACGCCGACUACGGUACCAGUUAUGCAGCGCACAAAGCAUGCUGUCCCAGCAACACCAGAGACGCUCCACACACGCCCUGCUGAAGCCACAGCCUCACAAGACGUUUCCAUGACAUGUGCUGAAACGACUACAUUGGAGACAGCAGGAUCGGGAGGGAUAGAUUCAACGGGUAGUCCUGCUGAGGUGUUCAGGAGGCCUACGUGGCAGUCCCAGCCAGACGAGAAGAUGCAUGACGUGGAGCCACGUCAGCCUGCUGUUGAUGCACGUCAGUUACUUACCAAGGAAGCUUCUGGUGGGCUCGUCGAAGCCCGCCGGUCAUCCCCUGCUGUGCCCAGUUUCAGUGCGGCUGUGAUGUCAACUGGGAAAGCAGUGGGGCGUGCGGCUGCUGCUGCGGCUGUGGCUGCUGGUGCAAUGGUAACCGGUGCUCCCGCUGCAGCAAAGUCGCCUCUUCCUGCUGCUUCUGGUGCAGCUGCCACCGCCGCCGCUGCUGCUGCGGCCGCUGCUGCUGGUGGGUCAAGUGCUGCUACUCCAGGUGUGCAAGGCACAGCAGGCAGCACCCCCACAGAUAGCUCCAUGGCCUUCCUCCUCUCCAUGUCCUCACCGGGUCCCACUCCCCUCACUCCCCGCCCCACCAUGCCCUUCCACUCUCGCCUGGUCACCACCAGUAUCCCACUCACGCCCGCCCAGGCCUUCUCCUCGUGUCCCACUCCCAUCUCUCCACCACCUCGUACCUUUGCCGCUGCUGUCUCGCCUCCUGUUCCGUCUGGUACUGGUGCUAAAUCAUCAGAGGCUGCUACAACUGCCGCUGCAGUAGCCAGUGCUUCAGGUAUCACACCCGGGGUACUAGCCCCGGGUUCCCUGAAUCGCCCUUCUCCUCAGCAGCCCUCAAGUCUUGCCUCUGACUCCAUCUCGCCUCGCCUUGCCCCUGAAAUGUCUCCCAAGUCUGCUACGUCCCUGCAUGCCCGUGCUUCCAAGCCCGUCCCGGACGCUCCCUCAAGGCUGAGAGCUGGUAAGCCUGGCAACUCCACACCAAAUAAUGCGCCGACCUCCAUCCACUCGCCUGUGGUGCCGCCUUCUUUGCCCUCCAUUGCACCUAAGCUAGUGGAGGGGAUAGUGACUUCUAUUGUGUCUGAAGGCACGGCUCUGCUGCCUGUGGGGCGUGCUGAAGCCCUUGCUGCUACUGCUCAGCCGCUGCCUCUUCCCCUCCCUAAAAGCAUCUCUGUUAGAGCUAACCAGCUGCCUGCUGGCGCUGCGGUUUCUGCCCUGGCGACGAGGGAACGAGGGGUAGCAGGAGAGGGCGUGGGGAGAGGUGCAGGCGGAAAAGCGGCUUCGCCAUCUGCAUCAGCAUCUGCUGCUGCCUUGAGUAGCAGCAGCAGCAGGAAGAGAGGUGUGUCGGGUACUGCAGCAGUCGAGGGUGCAGCAUUAGCCGCGGCGGGGAAGCCAGCGACUUCUGGUGGCAGUGCACAGGCGAGGGAAAGAGGCACGGAGGAGCGGCAGGCAGGAGGAGGAGUGAGAGACACGAGUACAGCAGCUGGAACACUGAAGGGUAGAGUUGAGGGUACAGGCACGAGACUGGGGUCGCCGGGAGCAUUCCCCUCAAGGGAAGGUGUUGCCACGAGCGGCAGUGGCAGGAUGGUGACUGUGGGCGGUGAAGGAAGCUUGCGGCCUCAUCGAGGCGUGCCCUCCCCUGCUGCCUCUGCCUCUGCUGGUGCUGCGGCAAAGGGGAGCGUAUUUUCCCGCUUGGGUGGUGGUACAGGAGGAGGGGGGGGGGGAGGUGCAGGUGCAGGGGGAGUAAGGCGUGAGGAGACAACGGGUAGCCGUGCAUGGGUGGAUGGUGAGCCGGAUACAGGUGUGAUGUCUCGCAGCCGGCGCAGGGAGCGGAGGGUGGAGGAGAACCAUUCGUUGGAGUCUCGACUCAGUGCAAGUGGAGCUGCUACCUCCAGCGAGCGAGGCAGGGGGAGGGAUGGUGUUAAGGAGAGGAGCGAAGGUGCCACGUCAGGCAUGGGUGGAGGAGGAGGGACAGCGGCUGCGGCUGCUGCGGCAGCAGCGGCGGCAGCAGCUGCGGCCUUGGAUGUGUAUGAUCAGGGGACAUACAAGACAGAGCUUUGCAACAAGUGGGAGCAGACGGGCAACUGUCCCUACGGCAACAGAUGCCAGUUCGCCCAUGGAGUGGAGGAAAUGCGACCUAUUCUGCGGCAUCCGCGUUACAAGACGGAACUAUGUCGCAUGAUUGCUUCGGGGAAGCAAUGCCCAUAUGGCCAUCGAUGCCAUUUCAGGCACGCAAUGACACAAGAAGAGCGUGCUUUCCUUUACAUGUUCUGA